AUGCGGAGAAUUGCGAAUAGUUCAUUCAAUGAUUCAGUCAACCGUACAGAUGAUAAUGCGGACAAAUACCAAAAAUCUCAAAGAAAUGAUUAUAAUAUCGAACCCACAGUCCUUCCACCUUUUGCUGGAGAAUACCCCAGUAAAAGACAACGAGUAACAUUGAUCUCUCAGCUGUUUCAAGAGUUUAUUUCAAUAUAUUCAACUUUCACUCCAGGAACAUCUGCUAUUGUACAUGUUGAAGUCGAUCAACUUCUUGCAUUGCUUGAAGAGCAAAAAGCUAACAUUGAUAGUAUAUUAGAUUCGCAAAAUGUAUACGCGGUGGGUGGCGAUUUUCAGAAAGGCUAUUCUAAGCCAUGCAUCGCUUGCUGGGUCAAUGAGAACCUCGACAUUGAUAUCAAAAAGCAGCUAUUAGGCUUGUUUCAUGAUAAAUUUGAAAUUAUAGAAAAUAUAGUGGCACAUACGGAUACUGAUGUGAGUAAUAGCAAUAAUGAUCAAAACAGUUCACUUAACUGCAAUAGUAUCACCAAGGAGUUUGAUAACAAUAUAACAGUUGGUUUUUCUGGAAAUGAGAAGGAAUCUGAAGAGAAGGAAGAUGAUAAUAGCUAUAAAGAAAAUGGUGAUGGAACUAAUGAAAAAGAAAACAGUGAUAAUAAGAACAAUAACGGUGGUGAUAGAGGAGAUGAGAAUGGGAGCAUAACCAAAAAUAUUUCAAUUAGAUCAACAAGUCAAGCUGUUAGUAAAAAAAAUUCAGAAAUUUUUCAAAAUUUCUGCAUAAGAGCUGUUAUCUAUGCAAAUAUUACCCCUAAGAAAGAUUCAAAGGUUUUAGAGUUUUCCGUUGAUAUAAGGGAAUGUGGAAUGGGAAGAAUGCUUAGUGAAAGAAUAUCAUCACUUCACAAAUUUGGUUCUGGCUAUUUUCUCGAUUCUGUUGUAGUUGAAAUUUACCCAAUUUCAUGCAAUAGUACAUCUUGCAUGAUAAUAAAGAAGAUUGAUACACAGCCACAACAAUCCAAUCAGUCCAUUAAGAUUUCAGCAGUUCAUGAGAAAAACAAAGGAAUUAAAGGACAAGUCAGUGGAACUGGAAUCCAAGUGGGAGGUAGUUAUAACACAAAGAAUGCACUUAUUAUCGAAAAAAAGGUAUAUGUGUGGGAGAUGAAACUCGAUGGAUGUUGGACAACUGGAGAUCGCUGGUCAUACACUCAUGAAGGUGAUGGCUAUACAAGUACCUUUAUUCAAGACAAUCAUACUGGCAAAUGGGAAAUUUUAAACACAGUGAAUGGGUUUACUAUAGAAAUUACACAG